AUGUCUUCCGACGGCUUCCCCCCGGGUACCAUCCUGCUAGAAGAUAGGCAUGCGUUGAUUUCCGAGCUAAUUUUCUGCCCCACUCCCUCGAGUGAUCCGGAUGAUCCACUAAAUUGGUCCUGUCUCAGAAAAACAGUCAAUUUUAGCCUCACUUGCACCUACGUUCUGUUCACCUUUGUACUGGUGGAUAUCAACAGUCUCGCAUAUCGCGGCUACAUAACCGAAUUGGGUUUGACUUACGCAAUUUUCAAUGACGCAAGUGGUGCCAACUUCGCUGGCCUGGCAGCAGGAUGUCUUUUGCUAAUCCCGUGCGUACACAAAUUUGGUCGUCGCCCUCUCUACCUUAUAAGUGCUUUAUGUCAAUUCUUUUGUGCGGUCUGGUGGGCGAACUUUCACCACGCCGGAGAAUUGAUCGGCGUGAGCUUGUUGGCCGGUUUGGCCGGCUCGAUCAGCGAGGCUAUUGUGAUGAUCACCGUUGUUGAUCUAUUCUUCGUGCAUCAACAUGCUCGUAUGAAUGGAAUCUUCAUUUUUAUGCAGAGCUUUGGGUCCACUGGCGGUCCGAUUGCAGGCGGAUAUAUUAUUGAUUCCAUGGGCUGGAGAUGGAUGUGGUGGAUGAUUGCUAUCUUUCUCGGUGUGAACUUCAUUCUGGUUCUGUUCUUCUUUGAGGAAUCAAAGUACAUUCCGUCCUCAUUUGAGCCGUCGAGCAAUCCGAAGGAUCAUGAAAUCAUUCAGGUGGGGGAGGACGACGAGCAGAAAACGGAAGCCCAGUCCACUACCGCCCGUAUGUCCGUAUAUCCUCGACGAAGCCGCAAGUCAUAUCGCGAGCGCCUCGCUUUCAUGACUAAAACGAAUCAACCGGUUAUCCGACAUUUUUACCAACCUAUCUCCGUUCUGUUUACCUUCCCUGCAGUGGCUUUUACGGCAUUUAGCUAUGGCUCAAUCCUUGCAUGGUUCUCAGCAAAUGCCUCUGCCGGAUCUUACUUUCUAAUAUACGAGCCUUACAACUUCGGACCCUCUGCUAUUGGGCUGUUCCACCUUGGAGGCUUAGUUGGUUGUACACUCGCUACCUUCACGGCCAAUUUUUUCAACGAUUGGCUAAUCGUAAAGCUGGCUCGACGAAACGGUGGUAUAUUCGAGCCAGAAAUGCGUCUUUGGAUGAUGAUCCCUGCUGCUGUACUAAACACGAUUGGGUUAUUGGUUUUCGGAAUUGGGCUUGAUCAUGGAUACCACUGGAUGAUUCUUGCAGUAGGACAAGCUAUCUUUGGAUUUGGCUUCAUAGUCCUUGCCGAUGCUGCCUUGACUUAUUUGACUGACUGCUAUCCUGACAUCCUCGGCGAUGCUCUGAUUGCGGUUGUCUUUGUCCGCAAUGGACUGGCAAUGAUAAUCAGGUUCUGCUUUACUUUCUGGGUCGCCGGGAUGGGCCUCCAAAACACCUUCAUUCUUAUUGGCGUUAUUGCAUUCGCUACCGCCAUAAUGCCUAUUUUGAUGAUUGUUUAUGGCAAAAAGAGCAGAGCAAGAUCGAGCGCCAAUUAUCAAAAAUUUGCUUCCCGCCAACGUGCUCAGAGAGCAGUCUAA